AUGAGCAUGCGAGACGUCAGCGAUUGUGAGAAUCAUCGUGACAGUUUCUGUUGCGCAUUCCUCCGAAAUCCGCUGUUGUAUGUCACACCAGAAUUUGAGGUCACUAGAUCGUCCAAGUUGCCGGGGCGAAUUGACCUGGUUAUUGACACAACAACAAAAGGACUAGUGUGCAUAUCUGAGUGGAAGUUUGUCAGGAUCAACUUUCUCGACAUUGAACCAGCACCAUUGCUAACUGGUUUACCACACAGAUCGAUCGAUCGCCGGAAAGCGGAUGCAUUGAAUGUCGCCACCUAUGACAGAUUUGGACGAGCGGGUUUAACGAUCAAUAAAUGGGUGUUUGCAACCAAGGGGCCAGCUGAGCAGGUCAUGGGAUACUGGGGGAGCAGUGAGGUGGAUCAGAUUCGCAAAACAUGUGAGCUUGUUGGGAUCUUGUUGUGA